AUCUAUCGGUUUCUCGGGACAUUCAUAUCAAACAGCCAACCAAAACCAAACAUCUCUCGCUCUACCACUCAAAAUCUCUCUCUCUCUCUCUCUCUCUCUCGCUGCUUUCAAUGGCUUCCUUUCUCGAUUCCGUAACCGUCACCCGCGUGUUUUCUCUUCCCAUCACUUCCUCGAUUUCACCUGCUUCAAAGGUUCCGUCAGUCUCUGCCCGGCGGAUCUCUCCCGUUCCGGAAUUCAGAGGUUUGAAAGCUUCCCAGAAGAGUUCGGUGACUCAGUCAGCGAGUCUUGGUACGAGUCUCGGAUCCCGAUUCGCUCGUGGUGGUAGAAUCGUCUGCGAGGCUCAGGACACCACUGCCGCCGCCGUCGAAGUUCCAAACAUCUCUGAUUCAGAAUGGCAAACACAGGUUCUCGAGUCAGAUGUACCAGUAUUGGUCGAGUUUUGGGCACCUUGGUGUGGACCUUGCCGUAUGAUUCACCCCAUUGUUGACCAACUGGCCAAGGACUUCGCUGGUAAGUUCAAAUUCUACAAAAUCAACACCGACGAGAGCCCGAACACAGCCAACCGUUACGGGAUACGCAGCGUUCCUACCGUGAUCAUAUUCAAAGACGGUGAGAAGAAAGACAGUAUCAUCGGAGCUGUCCCUAAAGAGACGUUGGAGAAAACUAUAGAAAGAUUCGUGGUCGAGUAAUGAAACAAAAAAACAAAAUUUGACUCUUUAUCACUCAACCAGCAUGUCUUAUGUGUUGUAUAAUUCAUCGUAAGGUCUCUUUUGACUAUUUAUGUUUCCAUGCGUCCACUAUGUAUUGUUUAGUAUUAUAAAAAAAAAGAAUAACGAACAAUAAUAA